GCCGAAUUGCGGUGCGCUCUUUUGGGUAUUGCUUUCAAGGGGCUUGCCUCAGUGCGACUCGACUGGAAACAAAAAUAUGUCUCUCGACCUUUGUGUCGGUUAUUCUACCGAUUAAUUGUUUUAAAAAUUCAUUUCUGUAUGGUUUCCGGCGCUUUCUUAGCGAAGAUGAGGCAGAAAACGCUGGGUUCUGUCGUGGGUUUGCUUUGCACAGGGACCUGUUUGGCGCAGGGCAAGGAGUUCUGUUUCGGGGUGAACAAUGAGAAGUACAGAUGUGAGAUGGGCUACUGUUGCGGCGAGACGGAGUGCUGCACGUAUUACUACGAGCUGUGGUGGUUUUGGCUGGUCUGGACUCUGAUCAUCAUGCUGAGCUGCUGCUGUGCAUACAGACACCGGCGUGUUAAGAUGCGCCUGCAGCAGGAACAGAGGCAGAGAGAGAUCAGCCUCAUGGCCUAUCAGGGAGCCUCCAGCUCCUUCAUCUCUCCACCACCCCUAAACCUGCGCUUCUGGACGGACUGCAAGCUCCCUGACUAUGAGGAAGUAGUAGGCCACCCUCCCACCCCUCCUCCACCUUACUCCGAGAAUCCUCCAGAAAUCCCAACCUGCACUCAGCCGACUGUCAGUUGUUCAGAGUCAGCCGUGGUGUUGGAGGCAGCGCAGACGGAGAACGACGCUUGUGAUUUGCAGGAACCGAAUCUCGCAGCAGCCGCAGCCCAAUCAGAAUGCACAGAGCAUGAAGAGCCAGAUGUCCCCCUGGAGGAGGAGCUAAACACCAGACGGAGACACGUGACGGGUGACUCGGGCAUCGAGAUGUGUGUGUGCCAGCUGGACACAGAUGAGUGCUCCGGGAUGGAGGAGGACGAGGGCAGGAUGUGUCAGGUGCCUGGUGGGAGCUGCUGCUCGGAGAGACAGGCUCUCAGACCCAAAGAGAUCUCACACUCACCAACAUCCAAUGGAGAUCAUGUGGUGUGAGUCACAUGACGCGUAACGUUGCCUGCAGUUGAAGGGCAUACGGCUUUGUCGUGGUUGGCGUCGUUUUUAUGUUUUUUUCGAGCCAACCUCUAAGGCAACCUUGAAGUGCACAAGGCAGGGUGUUGGCAUGUUUUGCCAUUCGAAUAACAACUGAAUAAAAAUAAGGACUUUGCUCUUAUGUUACCACUAACAAUAACAAAAUUAGGUUUUUUCUAGAGGAGAUUUUUGUAUUUAGUGGGUUGAAGCGCUCUUGUUUUUGCUUUUUUUGGGAGAAAAAAAAGUGAGAAGAAAGAAAGAGCCAUGCUUUGAAGCUCCUUCACAUUUCAGUUAACCAAAUAUCUCACUUGUCUUUGUGGCCUGGAAUGGGACACCCCUUAUUUUUCCCCCUUCUGUGUGACAUUUCAGUUCAGCCAUGGCGUCAUGGCCUGUCGGUCACUGACUUUCCUUGCACGGAGGCUGAAAGACAGAGCUUGAAACAGUGCACCAGGACGAGUCUGACUGCACGCUUUGUUUUUCACAAGGCUCUGUUAAAUAGAGUGCAGCUGUGGGGCUGACAUCAGCUGAGCUUCAUCCCUCAGGAACAGAGCCACACACUGAAGAUUAGAUAACCGUAAGAACACCUUCCGCAGGAGAGCCACAGAAAGACACCGUUACACACUCUGUGCUUUGCAUACAUGACAUAGCUUGUUCGCAUUUAUUGUGAAAAUGAUGCAGGGUAGAGUUGGCGUAAACCGCAGUGAUUUGAGUUUUUAUUAACAUCUUAACAUAGGGAUGGGUGAUAUAACAAAAUACUGACUUGAUACUAACCACACACCAGCAAAACAGCAGUGCCACAAUAUAACGACUUUCUUUUUCUUAUUCAAACUAUUAAAAAAGUAAAUGAUUUAAAUAGAAGUGAGAACACGCAUGACAUUAUCCACCCCUGUUUCACAGGUGAUAGCAGGUGCAUUACUAGUCUUGCAGCAUUGGAGAUUUUGCCUUAUUGUGGAAAUGAGGGAAAAAUACCCAGGCCUCUUUAAUUAGGCUGCUUUCACACUAGGGUUUUUUUUUUUUUUUUGAAGAGGAGGUUGUUUAUCUUCUUUGUAACAUUGGAGGCAGAAAAUUUAGAGAAUUUGAGCUGCUUGUGCAACGUGCUUGUAUACAGCUACAGUUAAAUUAGGAAUGCCACAUUGCAUACCAAAAAUGUAAAUAUCUCAAAAAUACACAAGUUGUUCUUUUUAGUUAUGUUGCUAUGUUGUAAUAUUGCCAAUUGUUGAUUUUUGACAUAAAUCUCCUCUCUAACCAGACUAAUUUUUCGCCAGCAUUCUGUCCUCCAUGUUGGUUUUUCUUGCUUGCCCACUAACUUGCGACCUGAUUGGUCAGGAGGUUUUAAAAAAACAAACAAAAAAACCUAGACAGCAAAGGACGUUUUUCCGUGAAGUCAAACUUUUUCAACUUUUGAAGCUGUGUAUCCAGUGUGACUGAAUAAAAUACAAAACACACACUGGCCGAGUGUGAAAGCAGCCUUAGCGAUCUCAAAUUAAAGUUUCGUUUACGCUCCAGAAUAAUUUCUACCCCAGUGUGGGUCUGAAGGCAGCAUAUGGGAUGAAGAAGAUUUUGACAUUUUGACCUAUUUAUUUAGGAGUGACACUGCCAGCUUCAGCUUUAGCUCCCUUGGACCAUAUGCCUGUAAAGUUAGCAUUUAUUUAAAAAAAAAUUAGUUGGCAACUGCCUUCUCACCAAAAUAAAUGUAAUCCAGUGCGUAAUACGUAACAAGGGGUUUUAAUAGCUUCUAAUAGCAAGGAUUUUUUUUUUCCUGCCAAGAAAUGGCAUGUAUUGUGUUUUAAGAAACCUGAAGUGGAAUGAUAACUUUGAAUACUUCAACGUGAACCUUUUAACGUGGGCCCGGAUUUUGUAACUGCCACUUGAGAAACGAAACUCACAUUUUAUACCACUUUUGUAAGUGACUGAGUUGCUUUAAAGGAAUACUCCAGCAUAUUUUUCAAUCUUUUUUUUACCAAAUCUGUAGUGUGUGUGCGAUUAAAACAACCGACAUGUAGAAAAAAUACCCCACAAAAACCUGUUUCUACAAAACUGACUUAUAAUGGCAGUCUUAUAAGGGCAGUUGUUGUAUUCUUUUAAUAAAUGUGUUAAAAUGUUAAUAAAUGUGCAUAUUUCCUCCAGUGAAGAGAUGAAAAAUAUUUUAAAGAAUUUUCAGAGCUUCAUUUAUGAUCACUUUAGAGCGAAGGAUUCAUGAGAGCGCUGUACAAAAAUACAUUUUGCAUAAACAUUCAUUAGCGCAGUUCAACAGCUGCCCUUAGGCUUCCAUUUAGUUUUGUGUAAGCAGUGUUUACUUUCUUUUCUAAGUACAGCAGAGGUGCCAACUAUGCCAUAGCAUUUACAAUUUUUGAUAGGGCAGACACCUGAAAACUACGCUUUUCUAUUUUUGCAGAUAAGCAGCAGUCAAAGCAAUUGUAAAUAAAAUUCGUACGGCUGAAAAGCCAAUACACUGAAGGGGAACGGAGACAAGACGUGAAAGAUGCAUGUACCUCUGGUAGUGGUUACUUUCACAUUGCGCUGACUUUAUCUGGGUGAACUUCGACCACUGAAUUCAUGAGCCUUGGUCUUGUGAGCCAAUAGAAAAUGAGGGCGGAGCUAGGGUCUCGUUAGUCGGUUAAAAAAUGGAGGGGCUACUUAUUGUGAUGUAGCAUCACACUUGAAUUUUGUCACAAUUUUUUCUGUUGCUUGGGGCACAUCUGGAAAUAAAAUUAGCCAUCUCAUCCAACGACAUGAUAAACCGACAAGGUUUUGCAAUAAAAUGCUAUGAUUUCCUUGUUAGCAAUGUUGGCACCGCUGACGUUUAUUCAUACAGUUCAGCAUCCAGGUUUGUGUAAACAGGUUUUUCGUUCUUGUAUGGGAGAACGUGUUAAAAAUCUUUUCCACGGCAGUCGCACAUAUACUACAGAUGUGGUGAGUACAGAUGUGAUGUGUCGGAGAGGUGUUGGCAGAAACGCGGAGUCUCAGCCAGUGCUGCUAUUUUGACCCAUGUUUGCGUGGCUUCAGACAGAGUUUUAUUCACGGAUGUAUUGAUGUGUUGUUUUUGUUUUGGAUUGUGCCGCACGACUGCACCGGGGUCUGGGUACACUCUUUCGGCUGGCCAUCUGCAAGCACUGGGCCUCAUUUAUCGAACUUUUAGUAAGGGUUUUUGUUUUCGUAAGCCAAACCGAACUAAAAACUCCCACCAAAUUUACAGAAGUUUCAGUGAAGCUGAUUUACUCGCAUCUGUAUGUUGAUAAAUGCCAGUCGUAAAUUACCCAACAAGUUCAUGGCACGCCCACAAAACUCCAUAAAAGACAAAGCUCACAGUGAGCUGAAAACAACGAGAUGGUGACUGAAUGGUGAAAGAGCGCCACCUUAACCGCAGCGUGUGCUAAAUCUUCCAGUGAUGCAGUUCAGCCACUGCAGCGAGUCGGCUAGUAUAGACUUAGGAGCUCUCGUAGGAUAUAUAUGUGAAUGGUUUUUUUCCAAACUAACUGAGUUUUCAUGAAUUUCUUGUGUAAAUGCUAUUCUGAACAAUUUACCACUAAAUUCAUUCAUAUCCAGUUUGAUAAAUGAGGCCCUCUGAAGUAGUGUGAACCACUUGAUAUUUUCCACUCAUAUGGGAAUUCCUCAGUAGGAUGAAGGCAGCCGUGUGUGUGCUUCUUGCACUUUAAAAGACACGCCAACAUCAACGAUCCUGUGGAACACAUGAAACACAUGUUGGCGUGUGUAAUUGGAGCAGAACGAUGCUCAGCUCUCACAUCGUCCUCGCUUUCGAUCCACUUUCAGCUUCACCACUCGAGUGCACUGAUUGACUAUUAUUAGCACUUGCUCUUAUUACUCUAACUGGUUGGAUAAAUCGAUUCGUUUGCGUGGCUUGUUUUCAUUUAAUCUCAUAAUUUCGCAUAAUUUGUGUGUAUUCAUAACCUGUGAAGAUGUUGAAGUCUGUUACCAUGGUGCGGAAUAGAAUCGAAAAAAUGUUUUGAUGCACCAGGAAGCUGCUUUGCUAGGUGACUGUAAUGCGAAUCAGAACAUUUUGAUCAUACGGCAGAUGAACUGGUGGUGCUGCCUCAUUGUGGUAAUGAAAAACCCACAAAUGUCUUUAUAGAUCUUAAUCCAUACAUAGAAGUUUUUAUAGCAAAACCGCGCUCUAGAAUUAUUUCCGGAAAAUUCCACUUUAGGUUUAGAGCCUCUGAGGUGUAGAUAAUUGAUUUUUCAUAUUAUGGUUAUAGUUCAGGUGAUUUCAAACAGGAAAAGUGAGCGUGCGGUAUAUGUGCUUUCAGUAGUGUAGAUAUUUUUCCAUUUUUCCAUGUUUCUGGAAUAUGGAUGCUAAUUUCUGCCAUGUAAGAAUAUAAUUGCAUAACAUUUUCCCUCUUAUUUUUGGCAGCAGCAGCAGUAUGUCAAAGUUUAGAAUUAUCAUCUCAAAUGUUGGAUUUAUUAUCUCACAGAUUUUGACCUAUUUCAAAAUUUUGACAUGGUGGGUCUAUGCAAUAAAGUGGCCUUAUUUUAGUUUUAUGUAGUGCAUAGGUCAAAGCUGUUUAACAGGAUAACCCAAUUAGCUAGCUUUGUAGGUGGGUAACUAGCUCACUGGCAUGAUAUCUAACAUAUAUAGCUGUUCAAAGUGUGUAUCAUUUGGUGAACUCGUAGUACACAUAGUACACCUGCUAUUCCUGUUAAACAUAUACGUUUUCCACAUACUAUCCAGCAAACAAUUCCUCUUCAGUUAGCUACAUCACUUCCAUUCCUUGUGUGUGAAUAGAUGGUAGAACCAAGUGAUUAAUGUCUGAAGAUGGGAUCAGAGGUUAGGGGCUGUCUCCUAUUAAACGAUCACAAUUGUUUCCUUAAAAUGAUCUCGCAGUUAGGAAAAUCAUUAUUUUGGUAUAAAGUAAAAAAAAAAAACUUGUUUUGCAGUUUUUACUAUUAGUCAGAUUUUUGAGAAGUCAGAUUUUGAGAUAGCAAGUAAAAUCUUUGAAAUAAGUCAGAAUUUUAAGAGAGGAAGACAGCAAGUCAGCAUUUUAAGAGAGGUCAAAAUUUUGAUGUAAAUCAGAAUUUUCAGAUAGGUAAGAAAUUUGAGAGUUAAAUCUUUGACAUGACAUAAGCCAAAUUUUCAGAACUUUGAGAUAGUAAGUCAAAAAUUGGAGAUAAUACUGCUACUGGCAAAAAUAAAGAAAAAAUAUUGUAUAAAAUAUUUUUUUUUGUACUUGGUGGAAUUGGGCUUCCAUACUGGAAUGACCGUGGUGGUUUGAGAAAAGUUUGCUGAUGCAUGUGGUUGUGUAGAUGCAAAGUUGCAUGUCUUCUGAGUAGCAUUAUGAUCUGAACGAGAUUUGGUAGUUUUUUUUUUUGUUUGUUUUUUUUUUUUUUUUAAUUUUUAGGGAAUGAAGCAUUUAGCUUCCUCAUAUAAUCUGUGGCAAAUUUUGCCCAAACAGUAUGGCGCUAGUUUUUUUUUUCUUUUCUCAAAUAAGGGCUAGAACGUAAUUUAGCUUAUGUAAAGGUUCAUGUGACUAUUGCAAAUUAUGGAAACGAUUGUAUAUUUCAAGGCCGCUGUUUGCCGAAAGCAUCGUGGUUGGUUGGUUGUUAAAUGGCUGCCAUGUUUCUGCAAUUUUGUGUAUAUAUAUAUAUCUGUAUAUGUACUUAGAGAUGUGCAAUGAUCUCUCUGUCUCUCUCUGUCUGUGUACCUGUGGGAAUAUGUGUGAAUCUAUCUGGAGAUGUGUGUAAUGGGGAGAAUUGCGUGACUGCAUCUCUCUCCCUGGUCCCAUUUCACCAAACAGCAUGAACGUGGCGACAGAAACCAUGGCGAAGGAUCUGCAAGUGUUUUGACCAAAGGUUUAGAGCAGUGAUUCUCAAAAUGCGGUCUGUGAUUCUUAUUUUUUUUUUUUAAAUAGUUUUUUUUUUAUAUAUAUCUAUAUAUAUUUAGUUAUACAUUGUCAGAAUUGAAUGCAUUUCAAAAACAGGUAAGGGCACCUUGCAUUCUGUUGGUGGACCGUUCAGGAACGGAAAGCUUUAUGGCCCUGACAAUAAAUGAAAAUAUUACUAUACUGAUUUUAAAGCUGUUCAGGGGUCUGUGGACUUUAAAAUAAAGCUAAGGGAGUCCCUGACUAUAAACCACUUCAGACCUUGUGGUUUAGAGGGAAAACUUUGCAGCAUUUCAGGGAAGUUUAGAUUCUGUUUCACCCUCAGCACCUCGCUCUCUCUCCCAAGAAUUUAGCCCUGAUUCAACUCCGUUUCAGUUUCCAUAACACAUCCGAUGGGGAUGUUUACACUCGCCGUGCCUUGUUCUUCACAAUGAAGCUUUCCCAAGGAAAAAUUCCCACCUCGCUCUCUCUGUCUCUCUCACACACACACACACACACACACACACACUCUCUCCCUCCUUUUUUUUUUUUUUUUGUUUGUGUGUCUUCACAUCUCUGUACUGUAUCUAACUAUAGGCUAUGCACGCAAAGAAGAAAGGUAAAAGCUCUGCAGUUGUUGUCAAUACAAGCAAUACUAUUCUUAAUCCACAUUGCACUGCAUCUCAGUAGACGUCUACUUAGAGAUGAGAAAUAAUUUGCUACUACGAUCGUUUUGUACACGAACGCUUUUGUACAUCAAGUGUCUUUUGUCAUUUAAAAAGGGGAACGGAAGGAAAAGAAAAAGCGAUGAGUGAAAAGUUAGUCUGUGACUUAAAUAACUCGGCUCGCAGCCAGUCUUGUGUACCCCUCUCGCCCUGACUUGGUUGAUUUAUUAACAUCUGUAUGUACACGUCACGCUGUUGAUUUAGUUCAUGAUUCAUUACUGCCACGUUACACACGAUACACAGCUUUGUGUUGAUCUCUGAACGCAUCCUGUUGUUGGAACCGGUUUCUAAUUUUGUUUCUCCAGUUUUCUGGGACUGAAAUCUGAACCAUUGCCUUUGCAGGACAGCGAGUAGACAUGGUGUAAUAGAGCCAUGUCCUUAUGUAAGCCUGUUUCGAAGGCUGUAUGACUGAAGGGUCUCUUUUUAUAAAGCCAUUUUUGUCUGAUACUCUGAUCACAAGUAGGACAGAAUUUCUGUCACACAUCAACUGCUUAAUAUUUUAGCUUCAUAAUCCAUGAUAUCAGUAAGUUCAGUUAAAAACGUGUACACAUUUAAUUUCUUUGUUACUUAUUUGUUACUUAACAGAAGCAGUCGUUGAAGAGCACAGAACUGUUCAUUUUCUUUUUCGCUGUCACUUAGAUCAAGCCAAAAAAAAAAAAGAUAGUGAAUUGGGAGGAAAAAAUCUGAAAAUCAGAAAGAAGUGUGUGGAAAAUUCUAACUCUAGGGGUUAGUAAGAAGUCGGCUGUGUACUCUUUGUAUUUUAUUUUUGUAAUAAAAUCAAUAUGGCACA